GGGGACUAGAUGGGACUAGGCGGGACUAGUGGCCUUGGCAGGCCGUGCCAAGCAGUUCAAGAAGAUCCAUUCUCCAAGAUUGCCCAGCGGUCUACACCGACUGCGGCGUGUGCCAAUGUGUGCCUGGCGAUGUCUGUCAGCGCUGUCCCAACGUGAUCGCACUUUCGAUCCCCGCAGAGAACGGGACGGACUUUGACAUGUCAAGCGAGCCAACCGCCAACAACUCAGAGCCACAAGAGAAUGGACAGCCACCUCACUAUCCUUCAGAGGAGCGGAUUUGGGCUGUCGAUGGUCUUGCAAAGUCUGUGAGUUGGGCGCGCUACCAGUCCACAUAUCCCUUUUUGGUUGCCAUCAAAUGGAUUGGCCGUGGAGGAAAACGCAGUCACAUGUGUGGAGGUACUUUGAUCCGUGAGUCUGUCGUUCUUACAGCAGCACAUUGUGUUUCCCAAAUGCGAAAUGGACGGAUUAUGUUUCUUGAUGCCAGCAUCGUCGAAGUUUGGUGGGGUCAGGGAGACAACAAUUGGAUCAGUUCGGGGGGUGGACCUGCUCGUGAUUCCUUCCUCGUACAAUGGGAAUGAUGGGAAUGACGACAUUGCGAUCCUCCAUUUGACCCGACGCUUCUCGGGUGCAUCAGUGGCAAGGUUGUCCCGGCGGAAGUGGUACAAUGUGGGCUCGAAACCAUUGAUCGCUGGAUGGGGAGCAGUGGAUCGUCAUUCACAGUGGUACCAAGCAGACAAACUAAGAGAAGGUUACACUCAGAUUGCUGAUUCUGCGCUGUGCAAGGCGAUGAUUAAGGAUUUUGACCCCGCCAAAAAGAUUUGUGCAGGGAGUUACCGUUCAGGAUUGGCUGGCACUGCCAAAGGUGACAGUGGAGGGCCGAUGCUAUUGAACGGUUAUCAGAUCGGAAUCACCUCGCAUGGCUUCAGAGUCGGCAAUGAGUAUCUUGAUGUGUACACCAGGGUGUCAAACUAUGGGGGUUGGAUCAAUCAGGUGUUCGCACACUACCGGUAAGUGCAGGUUUGAUUUGCACAGAGUCGCUCCAGACUCGGUUUUGAGUUCUGCAUCAGAAUGAUGAUGAAUGAAGUGUGAGUGCUUCAAUCUAAGCUUUGAGCAUUUUCUUAAUUACCAUAGGUGGUUGCUUCCUCUCAGAUGUAAAGGUGCUCAGCUCAUGGUGCCGCCACGGAACCAUGGUACUUCUGAGACAAUACUUUCGUUCUAAUUUUGGUCCCGGCCAAGCGAUCACGUCAAGCGACGAAUCUUGGUUUGG